AUGAAGCGAAAGCUCGAUGAACACAACAGCCCCGCUGUGACCGAUAAAGAAGUCGGUAAGGCUGCCCCGGAAACCAAAAACACCUCGCAAAAUGCCGACGCUGUCGACGUGGCGGCCAAAGAAACUUCUUUUGCCGACCUUGGUCUCGACCCACGGCUCGUCCAAGCUGUUGCUCGACAGAGCUUUGAGAAGCCGACUCUAGUACAAAGGAAAGCCAUUCCUCUGGCAUUGAAUGGACAGGAUCUUUUGGCUAAGGCAAAGACGGGAUCGGGCAAGACAGCGGCCUAUCUGCUUCCCGUCCUUCAGGUCAUUCUGAAACGGAAACAGACUGAUACCACUGCAUUUACAUCCGCCCUCAUCCUUGCACCGACGCGCGAGCUGGCCGACCAGGUGUUUAAGAGCAUUGCCGAGUUCUCGUCGUUCUGCGCGAAAGACAUUACCGCCGUCAAACUCACUGACAAAGUAUCGGAUGCCGUUUUGCGGUCACUGCUGUCCAACAUGCCCGAUAUCGUUGUGUCGACUCCGUCGAGGGCGUGGCAUGCUGUUAGCAGCUCGUUCAUGACGCUCGACAAACUGACGAAUCUGGUUCUUGACGAAGCCGAUUUGGUACUGUCAUAUGGAUACAGCGAGGACCUGGAACAAAUUUCUGGAUCGCUUCCAAAGGGGAUUCAGACAAUCCUAAUGAGUGCCACUUUGACCACCGAAGUAGACACACUGAAAGGCAUGCUCUGCCGGAAUCCGACUUUGCUGAACCUGGAGGAGCGAGAUGCUGAAGGCGAGGGUGUCACACAAUACGUCGUAAAAUGUGCCGAAGACGAAAAGUUCCUACUGGCAUACAUCAUCUUCAAACUAAAGCUAGUCACCGGAAAAUGUCUUGUGUUUGUGUCCGACGUCGACCGCUGUUACCGCUUGAAGCUGUUCUUCGAACAGUUCGGCAUCCGCAGCUGCAUCCUGAACUCGGAGCUUCCCGUCAAUUCGCGGAUAAACUGCAUCGAAGAGUUCAACCGCAAUAUGUAUGAUAUCAUUAUUGCCUCGGACGAGCACGAACUAUUGGGAAAUGAAGAACAGGCAGACGAGCAAGCGACAAAGGAGGGCAAAGGCGCAGAGGCGCAACCGAAGAAAAAGCGCAAGACCGCAGCAAAGCGAGACCGCGAAUUUGGCGUAUCGCGAGGAAUCGACUUCAAAAACGUCCGCGCUGUGAUCAAUUUUGACCUGCCCACUUCAUCCAAGUCCUAUACACACCGGAUUGGCCGCACGGCUCGGGCGGGCCAGACAGGCAUGGCGCUGUCAUUUGUGGUGCCUUCAGCUCUGUACCGCAAGCAUAUUCCAACGACGGUGGAGAGUGCUGAAAACGACGAGAAGGUUUUAGGACGCAUCACGCGGCAGCAGGCCAAACUGGGCAAGGAGGUCAAGCCGUACGACUUUGACAUGAAGCAGGUGGAGGCGUUCCGGUACCGCAUGAACGAUGCGCUGCGGUCGGUGACCAAGGUGGCUGUGCGCGAAGCGCGAACGCGGGAGAUCCGACAGGAGCUGCUUAAGAGUGAGAAGCUGAAACGGCAUUUCGAAGAGAACCCAGGAGAGUUGCAACACCUAGCACGCCAUGAUCACGAAUUGCGGACGCUGCGCGCACAGCCUCACCUGAAGCACGUGCCAGACUACCUGCUGCCACGUGAUGGAAAGAAGGCGCUGACAGCGUCUGAAGUCGGCUUUGUUCCACUACGGCGGAAGGACGGCAAGAAGAAUGAUAAGCGGAGGACCAAAUACUUUGCCAAGGGAGGCAAGAGCGCGCUCAGCAAAGGCCGGAAGGUGAACCCGUUACGGACGUUCAAGACAAAGCGGUAA